AUGCACUUCCUUCAACUACUCUUCGUGACGGCUGCCGCUGGCAUGUUGCCGGUGAGAGCUGCAAGCUGUCCCCCUUUUCCUUCGUCAAUGAUCGAGUUCUCUUCUGGAUUUGAACAACCAGAAGCUCCCCUGAUAAAAGCGGAGUUUCAAACCAGCUUUAUCCAGCAUAAGUGGAACCAGAAUCUGUCACACAUCACAAAUGGUUUCAUUGUGAACUCGCCUGCUCAAAAUCUCGUUCGAGUUGAUGAAGCCUACGACGGUACCCUAGCCUCGUCCUUGUUCAAUUACGCCAAUUCUACCAAGGAGGGUCUGGUGGAAAAUACUUUGACAACCUUCAGUCACAAGUCGAACAAGCCAACUGUGUGGAAAGGCUUCGUCAACUCGAACUUCCCGUUGUUCCCUGAAGACAUUCUAGUCCAAAAUGGUGCUGUUUUUGGUGGACUGGUCCGGCGACAAUUCAAUGAUCACUUCGUUGCUGCUUGGAACAUCAUGUACCAGGGAGCUAUACCUGUGACGGUGUAUGUGAACAACUGCAAUGUCACGGUUGGAUACGACUACUUUUCGUCUGAAUUGCGCACUAGAGUGAUCACUGAAUACUUCAACAUCCAAACCUAG